AUGUGCAGCGAAAGGGUGAAAAACAAAAGAAGAACAAAGCAGCUCAAAAAAUUACUCAUCCAAGUCCACUUCGCCUCUCUCUCUCUCUCUCUAUAAAGUGCAAAACAAAACAGCUCUAUAACUUUCAUCAAAUUUACAACAACACUCUCUACUUUUCCUUCUCCCAAUUCCAAACACCAUAUAAAACCAACACACAUUCUUGAAAAAACAACUCCUUUUCUCUGCUAAACGGUGCCCAACAACAAAAAAAUGCCAGCCCAGAAACGUUUUUUAUCGAAUUAUAAUCAAGAUGAUAACAACAAUGAUGAUGAAAUUAAUCAACAACAGCGUCGUGGUCGGAAACAAUCUCGACGAGUUAUAGAAGAAGAAGAAGAACAACAAGAACAAGUUGAGGAACAACAAGAUGAAGAUGAAGAUGAAGAUGAGCAAGAACAAACCCAAGAUGAUGUUGAUGGUGAUGAUGAUGAUGAUGAUAAAGAGGGAAUUAAUCAAUCUACUGAUGAUGAUUCUGAUGGAAGUGGCACUGACCCUGAAGCCUUUGAUGAGUUGAUCGCUGUGUCACGAUCUGAGAUUCGCACCAAUGAUUUCGAUGAGAGAAGUUUUUUCGCACAAUUAUUUCAAGCUCGUAAAGAUCUAGAAUGUCCUAUAUGUCUAGGUAUUAUCAAGAGAACUCGGGUUGUGAUGGGAUGUCAACACCGUUUUUGCAGGGAAUGCAUAGAUAAAUCAAUGAGACUUGGGAAUAAUGAAUGCCCUGCUUGUCGCAUACAUUGUGCUAGUCGACGGUCAUUGAGAGAUGAUCCUGGAUUUGAUACUUUAAUUGUGGCAAUAUAUCCAGAUGUUGAGAAGUACGAAGAGGAGGAACUUGUCUUUCUUGAAGAGGAACGGGUACUGAAUGAGCAGAUUCAAUCAAAAAUUGCCAAAAUAUCUGAACGCCAAUCUGAAGCAUUAAUUAAGAGGCGGAAAGGUGGUAAAGACAUAGCUGCUCCCUCUGCACAAAGAACAUCUCGCAACUAUCCCAAUGCUUAUUCAAGAAGAAAAAGAAACAGUCAGGGCAACACAGAACCUGAGCGAUCUGAUCCAAAUGAGAGUGAAAAUGAUGAUCAUGAUGAGAACAAAGAUUCUUCACCCCUUAAGGACGAGCGUGGAACACAAACCAAGUUCAGGAAACGCAGGAAGCGCAAAGGAGCUCCAAUUACCCAGACUUCUCCUUCAGCUGUGAGUCCAGACGGUGGGCCCAUUGAAACUACUGCAGUACAACUACCCAGAGACACCCUAAGUAACUCUCCUGCACCUGCUUUGAAGCCUGAAACACUUACUUGGGGAAGAGGCGGUGUUCGAAGCCACAGUCGACAUGGCAGUGCCAGUGGUAGCAGAAAUGCUCGUAACACUCGAUUAUCUAAGUUAGUUGAUUAUCUUGAAAGUGCGCAAGCAAAUGAUCAUGAGUUAAAUAUCCAUCUAGAGCUUAUUCCAUUAGACAAACAAACGACACCAAGUCUGAAAAUGCCCCAUCUCCUCUGCAGGCCAAGCACAUCAGUUGGACACCUCUGUGAACUUGUUGCUCAGGAGACAAAAUCACUAGCCAAAGAUGUUGAAUUACUGGCAGUGAAGGGAAAUAUUAACCAGUCAAUCUUAAGGGAUGCAUCAAAUAUGCUAUCUCGAGUUAUCAAUUGGUCCAAUGUUCCUCUGCAACGCUUGGAAAGGCAAGAAACUGUGGGAGGAAUCAGUUCCAGUUGCACUUUAAACCAGGAUCUGAUCCUUGCGUACGUGCAAAAAAAUUCUGAGGUAUGAUGAUCAUUCAGCUGAUAUGUGACGUCCUCAAGUCGGCUUUGUAUAAGGAUGGUGCAGGGGAGAAAAGGGGAUAAGGGAACAU